UGUUAUUUUUGAGGGGCUGUCUUGCUUUCUUGAUGCUUGCUGACACUUUUCAAACUUCAGAAAUCCAGGACAGUAUACUGAUAGAGAAUCUCAAGUAUGGUAACUUUUUAACAUCUACAGACGAGAAAUAUUAUCUUAAAAUCAGCGAGGAAAGGACAGCUCAUAGAUCGGAACCAAGAUCGAUCCAAAAUAAUUUUGAGAAUUUCCUGCUGAAAGUCCGGGACUUGAGGAGAAAGAAGAAGGAUAAAGAAAGGGAUAGAUCUGACCGGUUGUGGGACCCAACUCUGGAAAUGGUUCGAAGAACCCAGGGAUCUGGAAAACUAGUUCUAGAAAAGAUCCGCAAAAAUGAGAGCACAGAAGAAACCCCCAACAGACUAAACACAAAAUCAACAGAACUGAAGAAAUCUCGACUCAUGAUGGGGAAAACCCCUUUCAAAGUUGGGGAAAAUUUGGAUCACCAGGGGAAAUUUUCAUUUCACACUGUAAACUUAAACAACAAAACUAUCGUAGCUGUUACAUUUCUUUGAUAACUGUCAAUAACAUUACAACAUUUAAAACCAUGAAAAACAAACAUAAUUAUUAAAUCUAUUGGAUACUGUUUUAUACAGGAAUCAAAUAAUAGAUUAAAAACAUCUCUUGGCUUGCAUGGUUUAAGUCAUCUAGUGAGUUGAUGGCGGCAAUAAACUAUUAUAAUUAUAAUCGAUUA